UAUUACUUUUGUCGUAUUUACUACUGAAGUUUUGCCAAAAUUUUAACAGAGCUAGUACGACUAGACUUCUGUGUAGAGUGUUUUGAAAUACAACUAAGUUCUACACUACCGAGAUCAGGUAAUUUAAUGUUCUUUGGUGAUUUUGAUACUAGUGAAGAGUUUGAUUUUCCUCUCACCCUCUUUGAUUUAGAUUUGAGUCCUCUAAAAGAGGUUAGGUUUAGGAGUGAGAGUGACAUAGAGCGUGAAUUAGAGUUUACUGAAGAUCCUGAUUACAUCCCACCUCCUACUCUGUGCAGUGAAAGCUACGAAACGGAAGAUAUGUCGUCAGAGGAAACAUUGAGUGUUAGGGGGAGUGAGGAAGUUAGGAUGGUAGAGGAAGUUAGUGUAAGAACUAAAUUGUCCAAGUCAGAGAGGACGAUGAAAGAGAUGGGAGGUGAAGAGGUAGUUGAAGGAGAGGGAGUUCCUUCGAAUAAUUUGGAGGCUGAUGGUACAUGUGAAAGGUGUUAUGAUGUGGAGGUAGACAUUGUGUCUGAAGUGAUGGGGCCAACUGGGUUGGAGGAGAGAGCGUGCUCGGCACCUUGGGAUCAUUGGAUGCCUAUUUAUGCCCAUUAUUUAUUAGCAAGGCUGAGGUUCCCCACCCUAAAACUCCUAGUUGGGUUGUUGUUGGAGUAUGGUAUAGCUUUAACACAACUUGCCCUAAACGCCAUGAGGGUUGUAAUAGUGGAAUUCUUGUCCACUUGGAAGGCAAAGAAGGCCAACCAAAAUAAAUAUAGUUUGAAUGGGGAUGAGGAGGAGGAGGUAGAGGAGUUGGUGAGAGAAGGGGAUGAUGUUGUGGAGGCAGCUAAGCUUUACGAAGCAAACUCUUUAACUAAAGGGGGUGGCAAUUCCCAAGAAGCCGAAGAAGAAGUCCAAGACUUCAGCUAUGUUGAAGGGCUAAGGUUGGAGCUCAAACGGAAGGGAAGUGAAGACACUAGGCUUGCUCAAAAAAGGAUGAGGGUGGAGGAGCAAGAGUGUAGGGGAGACGAGGUGGUGGAGUUCGUACCUCAUCCUCCUCUAGUUGAGCUCGAUCCUGAACUCAGGGAGGCUGGGGUUAUAACCCAUGGAAAAAGGAAAUCCCUUGUUCCUGCUCUUUCACAGCAAGGUAGCUUGUUCGAAACAAAUAGCAUGACAGUUGCGAAGAGGUUUAUAAACUCAACUUUCCUUGAGGUGGAUCGUUGCCGAGCUUGGGAAGAAGUGUUAAGCCAUGGUGGGGUUGGAAUUAUGAAGCACGUCCUUGAGUUUUUUGAAACCCUCAAGGAAUGUAAUGUUUUGGCGAAGGAGAAGGAGGACCUAGGGAAGAAGGAGGACCUAGGGAAGAAAAAGGAAGAGGUGGAGAAGGAUCUAGUAGAGGUUAUGCCAGAGCUUACGUGGCUUCAAGCGGAGAAUGAUGCAUUGAAGAUGAAGCUCACAUUUGAGGAAAGGAAGAGGAAAAGGAAAAUUUAUCACAUUGUUGAGUUUCUGAAGUCCAGCACCUUUGACAACAUCAUGAACCUCUACGGGCUUUCUAUAGCUAUUCUGGCAUUCUUAGACUGUAGAAAGAAAGUGAAGGCACAACAUCCCGAACUGGAUGUGACUGGCAUCACCUUUGGGGAGCAAGAAGGAGAAGUGGAGGAAAAUGGAGAAAGCAUGAUAGCUGACUUUCGUCUUAAAGUCGAGCUGAAAUGAGAUCACGACAGUGAAGGUUGUACCAUUUUUCCUCCGAACUUCGACUUUAAGUUCGUUGCGGUUGAAGAGGGAGAACUAAAAGCUAGGAGUGCAG